CGGCAGGACCCUUGUUGUUCACCCUUGUCUUUAACAUGGAAUCCUGGCCUGGACUACAUUAGAGAGUUUGUUCUAUAAUUAUCUGACCUCCUUUUGUUAUUUUCUUCCAACCGUCCGUAUCCGUAACGGAUUCACCUUUCUUCAUUAGCUUCAAAUCUUGCUAUCGUACCUCUUCAUUCACGGAAUUUCGCUUGUCAGGACCUGUUAAAAACCAUGACAACCGCUACAUCUAACGGAUCCGCCCAGGACAAGGCGGCGGUGGGCAUUCUGAAAACGCCGAUUUCUGCUCCCCUCGAAGGAUGUACACCUCCCGCGAAGGACCCUCUGACCAAGGAGCAAGAAAUCAAGUACGAUUGGCUCUUGGAGCAAGUCAAGAAAUGGACUGAAGUUCCUUCAACCAAGGGCAAAGGCGGUCCUCUCACGGAUGCUGAGCGCAUGUGGUUGACCCGAGAGUGCUUGCUGCGGUAUCUCCGCGCAACAAAGUGGGUUGAGAAGGAUGCGGAAAAGCGCCUUAGGGAGACAUUGACGUGGCGGAGGGAUUUUGACGUUGCCGACCUGACUUGGGAUCACAUUUCGCCCGAGCAAGAGACAGGCAAGCAGGUAAUUCUUGGCUUCGACAAGGAGGGGAGGGUGUGCCAUUACCUCUGCCCCGGCCGGCAAAACACGCAACCGUCUCACCGCCAAGUUGAGCAUCUGGUCUUUAUGCUUGAAAGAGUCCUGGAUCUUCUCCCUGCGCAGCGUGAGAAGUUGGUGCUGCUCAUCAACUUCAAACAGGGCAAGAACCGCUCCUACACGGCCCCGGGCAUUGGACAAGCCCGCGAAGUCCUCAACAUCCUGCAAACGCACUACCCGGAGAGACUUGGACGCGCCCUCAUUGUGAAUGUCCCAUGGGUUGUGCAGGGCUUCUUCAAGCUCAUCACCCCAUUCAUCGACCCUCUGACCCGUGACAAGCUCAAGUUCAAUGAGGACAUGAGCAACUACGUCCCCAAGGAGCAACUUUGGACAGAGAUCAGCGGCGGUGCACUUGAGUUUGAAUAUGAUCACUCCACUUAUUGGCCUGCUCUUCGCAAGAUGUGCGAAGAGCGUCAGGUUGAGAAGGAGAAGAGAUGGACAGCCGGUGGCAAGCAGAUUGGAGAGCUUGAGGACUACCUCGGAGGGAAAGCGAGCCAAGGCAUUACGCCACCUGUUGCUGCAACUACCGAAGUCGCUGCCACUGCCACUGCCACCUCUACUGCACCCGUUGCCGCACCCGCCGCAACCGCUGCUGCAUCCGAGGUUGCUCCUAUCGCGGUUGCCCAAGAGAGCGCUGCACCAGAGAAGCCGGCAGUCGAAGGAGCCAAGAAGGAGGAGUCUGGUGCGGUAUCAGAGAAGCAAGGUGACAAGGUUGAGGAUUUGAAGGUAGACGAGCUGAAGGUCGCCGAAUAGGCAAUGGGGGCAGUAGACAGGAGAUAAAUGGCAGAGCAAGGCCAGAUGGGGCCGAUUCAUGAGAGGUCUAGGGCCAAGCAGGUUCUGGAUCGAAGAGAAGGAAGCAAGGGGACAAUAGAGCAACAGUCCCCCGCGAUGCGCACCAGACAUCAUAAUUUAGUCAAGACACACUUUAAUGUUAUUUGUUCAAUGAUCACUCCCCG